CACGUGUCUCAGGCAAUAAAAAGAAGAGUAUAUCCCAAUUUGCUCUGUUAAUCAACUGUUUAAAUCUUUUCUUCUUCGAUCUCUUUGCUUGUUUGAUAAUAUCUCCGUUUUUCUUGGGUCUCUCUCUCUCUUAUCCAAGUAUCAUCUCAUUACAUACAACUUUUCAAAUUCUUUCUUUCACGUUUUCCUCUUGUGCCCAAAUUCUCUCCCGGAUCCGAUUUCUCACAAACUAAUUCAAAGAUUUCGUUCUUUGGGUUCUGUAUUUACUCCGUAACUGAAUCCACAAAGUUUCCCUUUUUCCCCGGGAAGCAAGAUUUUUUUCUGGAAAUCUUUUAUCAAGGGCAAUUUUCAAGCUGUUCAUAGUUAAAGAUGAGACCAAUCGUUAGAACAUCGUCUCUCAGUAGACUUAGAUGGGCUCUGAGGAAUCAAGAACGCAAUUCUUCGACUUUUAACUCCAAAAGCCGCAAACUUUUAAUCGGUGUCAAUCAAAAUCAAGCUCUGGUGAACACUAACACUAAUGAUUCAACUUCGUAUUCGAGAUUGAGUUUCUCGAGAGGUCUGUCAGCAGAAGCUGUGGAAGCACCUGAUGCUGUUAGGCUCUCUGUCUCAGAUGUCAACAGAACAGGUCCUCUUGUUGAGUAUGAGAGAAGAAUCAGUGAUGGUGAGCUCAUGACUGGUGAUAUCUGCCAAGUUAGUGCAUUGAGAGAGCUUCAGAGACUACAUGAUGAGCUUGUGGAAUCGGUAGGUACAUGUCGUUUAGAUCGGUACAACACUUCUGAUAAGUCAUCAAGAAGCCGUUGGUUCUGGUCACGGCUCAUGCCUCAGUCUUCUUACUCGCCCGUCAAAGGAUUAUACCUCUAUGGAGGUGUAGGCACAGGAAAAACCAUGUUGAUGGACUUGUUCUUUGAUCAGUUGCCUUGCACUUGGAAGAAGCAGAGGAUACAUUUCCAUGAUUUCAUGUUGACUGUUCAUAGCCGGUUACAAAAGCACAAGGGUUUAUCAGAUCCACUUGAAGUUGUAGCCCAAGAGAUAGCUCACGAUGCAAUCUUACUAUGCCUAGAUGAGUUCAUGGUAACUGAUGUUGCAGAUGCUUUGAUACUUAACCGACUCUUCGGGCAUCUCUUCAGCAAUGGCAUCAUUCUUGUUGCCACAUCGAAUCGGAAUCCUGAUAAACUCUAUGAAGGAGGACUCCAGAGAGAUCUCUUUCUACCUUUCAUUGCAUCACUAAAGGAACGGAAUGUGGUCCAUGAGAUCGGCUCAUCCGUUGAUUACCGGAAACUAACUUCGGCUGAGCAAGGAUUCUAUUUCAUUGGUAAAGAUCUUUCGACCCUUUUGAAACAGAAGUUCCAACAACUGAUUGGAGACAAUGUUGUUGCGCAUCCACAGGUAGUAGAAGUGGUCAUGGGAAGAACAUUACAGGUUCAAUUAGGUGCUAACGGAUGUGCAUACUUUCCUUUUGAAGAGUUAUGCGACCGACCUCUUGGAGCUGCAGAUUACUUUGGAUUGUUCAAGAAAUUUCAUACUCUUGCACUGGAAGGAAUUCCGGUUUUCGGGCUUCAUAACCGGACUGCUGCGUAUAGAUUCGUCACGCUAGUUGAUGUGAUGUAUGAGAACAGAGCAAGGUUGUUGUGUACAGCUGAAGCAAGUCCCCAAGAACUGUUGGAAAAGAUUGUAACAAUCUCAGAGGCGAAAUCGAUGGCUCCAAGAACAUCGUCGAGAUCAAAAAAGAACGAUGUUUCUGAGCUCUGUGUUGACAACGAGUUAGGUUUCGCAAAAGAUAGAACCAUCAGUAGAUUAACAGAAAUGAACAGCAAAGAGUACUUGGAGCAGCAUGCCAUAACACAUAAUCUAUAAAACAUAAAAAAAAAACACAUACAGGAUCUACUACUGCCUUUUCACGGAUUCAAUUGAAUCCUAUAAUAACUUGUUGUAUUUUAUGUAUCACGAGCCAAUAAUCGCCAACCAAUUGAUAAAGAACCAUGGAAAGGAAAUAUCAUCCAUUGUUGUAACAUUGAGUUUUGAAUUUACAGCUAUAUCAAAGGAUUGCAUCUUUUCAUCAAGAACAUUUAACACAUUAGAACCAGAUUGUUGCCAAACAUAUAAGUGGUAGAAGCAAAACAUUAAAAGACCACAACGAUAAUGGUGACUAGUUUUGGAAAGAAAGAGAGUAGGAGCCAGUGUUGGGAUCUUUAACAGCCUUGAAGUUGUCCACACUCAUCCCAAAUCGACCCAAAAUCGAGUUUCCCAUCUCCUUCAGCUUACUUAUAGCCUCUUCUUUCAUCUUUUCUCGCUUCUCGGCAGCAAGAGGUUCAAGCCGUCGAAUCCCUUUCCUAGCUUGAUCAUUUGAAGGAUCAAGUUCUAUGAUCUUCUUCAAGUCCGUGAUAGCUUCUUCAAAGUGUUCAAGCUUCUCGUGUGCUUCUGCUCUUCGAACCAAGGCUUUAGUAUAAGUAGGAUUUAGCUCUAGUGCCUUUGUGCAUUCCUUGACCGACUCUUCAUGUUUACCCAAUUUGAGGAAACAUACACCUCUGUUUAAAUGGCAAAUGGAUCGAAGCUCUGUUGAUUCGGGAAACUCCUGAACGAGCUCUAAAGCAAGGGCAUACUUUGACAAUGCCUCUUCGUAAAGGCCAUUUACGAACAAUUUGUUUCCUUCCACUUUAGCUUCAUUUGCUUCUGCCAUGGCUUCCUCCUUCCAUAUGAAAAAAGCAAUGGCUUCUCCUUCUCUCGUUAGCUCAAUCUGCUCUUCCUUCUUCUCCGUUUCAUCAUACAGAUGUGGUUCCUCCUGGAUCGUAACGGCGUCGUUUUUGCUAUCAUCUUCUUCUUCACUUUCUUCGUCGCUAAUUUCCCUUUCGCUGGCAGUCUCGAAUCCGUCGGACUCGUCACAGUCGACAUAUUUGGCCUCCGUCGCAGCCAUAGUCUUUUCGGGCUGCUGUGAGGAUGAGGACGAUGGCUUUGGUUCGUCUUUGACGAGUAUCUCUUCCUCACUCUCACUUGACUCGAUCAACACCAUCUUUCAAUCUAGGGUUCUUCCGAGAGUUUGCAGAAAUAUUUCAACUUACCGCCGAUCGUCGUCGAUCAGAAUCAAAAGCACUGAAGACGAAGGUUCAGGAUGCUCCAACUAAAACGCUGACAUUUUAUUAAACUUGGUUUGAGUUUUUUAUUUGGUCUGCG